AUGGAAGAAACAGAGCCGGAAGAGGAAACUGAGACCGAACCAGAGGCUGAGGAGGUUGCUGAACUUGAGACUCAAGAAACACCAGCACCAACCGAAGUUGAUGAAAUGGAUGAAAUUGCGAUGAAAUGCCCGCUACUGCUACUGUGCAACCAUCCGUGGUGGAUGUCCACCCUUGCAACAAUCUUCCUGGCUGUGAACAGUGUCUCAAUUCCCGCAUUGAGUGCGCUGGAUCGCCGAUUCUUGCGAACCAAGCUGGAUGUCAUUGCGGAUGCGGCCUGUUACCAUCCGAGCAACUUUGCCAACCUCACGGACCCGAGAUUUGCGCCAUUGCCAACACUACGAGGAAGUGCCUUUGAUGGCAAACUGGCGGCCCCUGCACGGGAUUCCAAUCUUGCGAACCAUGCCUCAAUAGCCGUAUUGAUUGUGCCUGGGUGUCGGGUACUUGCCUUACUCCGGCGUCUUGCCAAGUCAUCCAGGAUGAGACCUGUUACCAUCCAUCCCAGCCGGAGUUUUUGA